UGAUGAAUGGGAAUGGGAGCCUAGUAAAAAGAGAAUAAGUUGUGAACGGUGGACGGUGAGAGGAAAAAACCAAGUUGAAUUGAAAUGGAGAAUGGGGCAGGGGCAGUGCCCAGAGUGGGAGUAUGCGUAUUUUUGGUAAAGGGGAAAGCAGUCCUGUUGGGGCGUCGUCGAUCCUCCAUUGGUCACUCCACUUUUGCUCUCCCUGGCGGCCAUCUUGAGUUUGGGGAGAGUUUUGAGGAAUGUGGUAGUAGAGAGUUGAAGGAGGAAACGGGAUUGGACAUAGCUCAAGUAGAGCUAUUAACUGUCACAAACAACCUCUUCCUAGAGGAGCCAAAACCAUCCCAUUAUGUUACUGUCUUCAUGCGUGCUGUCUUGGAAGAUCCUCAGCAAGUUCCCCAAAAUCUUGAGCCACACAAGUGUGAUGGAUGGGAUUGGUAUGACUGGGAUAACCUUCCUAAACCGCUCUUUUGGCCAUUAGAGAAAAUGGUGCAAGAUGGCUUUGAUCCCUUCCCAAUUGGUUAGAUUAGAAUUCAUUCGGAUAUUAUUAUGUUUGCUAAUCCUACUCUCUCUCUCUCGAUGAGAAAGAAUUAUCACUUAUGUAAUAUUUUUAGGCGUUGGACCAAUCAGAAAGUUAAGGCUUUCAAUCUUAUCAUCAAUU